CUAAUCCUCCAAAACCCACAAAACCUAUAUAAACCCCCCAAGAUUUCUCUCUUCUAUCCUAACUUCUCACAUGCCUUUUCUUUUCUAUCACAUGAAUUUCCCAAAAUUUCUUUUGGAAAAGUAGAAUUACAACUUGCUUUCACAUAAAGGAACAAACAAAUAAAUAAAUCUGUUACAACACAUCAAUUCAUUGUGAUAAAUACAUAAUUGGAUCUAUCCACCCCCUAAAUCUAAACCCCUACUUCUUCAAGAUUUUACCUUCAAAACCCCAUUUCUAGAUCUCUCCACAUUUGCGCUUUUUUGGUGAUGGCUGGACGUUAUUACAAUGACAAUCCAUUUGAUGAAGAAGAAGAAAUGAACCCUUUUUCGGACCAAGGAGCUCGAGGAAAGAGUCAAUCAAAUUAUGGUGGCGGUCCAUUUUAUAUGACGAAUCCUGUAAGUGUUGCCCCUGCUACAAACUCAAGGCUUUCACCUCUUCCUCAUGAGCCCGCUGACUAUGAUCGUGGUGCAACUGUUGAUAUCCCUCUUGAUAAUUCGAAGGAUCUGAAGAGCAAAGAGAAAGAGCUUCAAGCUAAAGAAGCUGAACUGAGGAAAAAAGAACAGGAACUGAAAAGGAGGGAAGAUGCUAUAGCAAGAGCUGGGAUUGUCAUAGAGGAAAAGAAUUGGCCACCUUUCUUCCCCAUUAUUCAUCAUGAUAUCGCAAAUGAAAUUCCAAUCCAUCUACAGAAUUUGCAGUAUGUUGCAUUCACUACAUUGUUGGGCUUGGCAGCCUGUCUUCUAUGGAACCUAAUAGCAGUCACUGUAGCCUGGAUCAAAGGACAAGGUAUAACUAUCUGGCUUCUUGCUAUAAUCUACUUAAUAUCAGGUGUCCCAGGAGCCUAUGUGUUGUGGUAUCGUCCUCUUUAUCGUGCAAUGAGGACGGAUAGUGCACUGAAGUUUGGGUGGUUCUUCUUAUGUUAUCUCUUUCACAUCGGAUUCUGCAUCAUUGCUGCUGUGGCACCUCCAAUCUUCUUCAAGGGGAAAUCUUUAGCUGGUAUCUUGCCUGCAAUUGAUCUUUUAGGUUGGAAUGGUUUGGUUGGGGUAUUCUACUUCAUUGGGUUUGCAUUCUUCUGUCUUGAAUCACUAAUCAGCAUAUGGGUUAUUCAGCAAGUCUACAUGUAUUUCCGGGGAAGUGGUAAAGCUGCUGAAAUGAAGAAAGAGGCCGCAAGAUCAACGAUGAUGGCAGCACUAUGACAACAUAGGAGCAAAGGCAGCACAGUUUUUUGAGAUUCGGACUGUUGGAUUCUUUGAUUGCGUUCUUCUCACACCAUAUAUCAUACUUGAGCGCUGAAAAUGUGGUUUCUGAAGUACAUAGUGAAGUCAGUGGCGGCUAUACUGAAGAUGUAUUUGUACGUAUAAUCACGAGCAUUUUGAGAAAUUCGAUGUUAAUUGGAAACAUUUCCUAUCUGUCUCUGGGUAUCUUCUUACUCUUAGAACAUUAUCACCUUAUGCUAAGUAUACAAAAUCAUUGAACUGCUCUACUGCGAGUUUUUGUUGUC